CCUCCCUCUUCUUCCUCAUCUCAAACACAGGCAGCUCCCAUAGACAGUAUAUAAGAAAGCAGCUCCACGCUGAGCACGUUGGCUUCCCGCUCACUGAUCUUCUGAAGUGGGAACAAAAAGGAAGAAAAGGACCUGAGUUUCGGUUGAGCCACAGACUUCUAUUUGUGUUUGGAGAAACUCACAGUCACUGCUACGAGGUGAAAUGGCGCAGAAACGUGUCAGGCUGGUUCGGGAAACUUUCUCUUGCUCGAUCUGUCUGGAUCUACUGAAGGAUCCGGUGACUACUUUCUGUGGACACAGCUACUGUAUGGACUGUAUUAAAGCUUACUGGGAUGGAGAGGACGAGAAGCAGAUCUACAGCUGUCCUCAGUGUAGAAAGACUUUCACACCGAGGCCUGUCCUGAUGAAAAACACCAUGUUAGCAGAUUUAGUGGAGCAACUGAAGAAGACUGGACUCCAAGCUGCUCCUGCUGAUCACUGCUAUGCUGGAGCUGAAGAUGUGGCCUGUGAUGUCUGCACUGGGAGAAAACUGAAAGCCCUCAAGUCCUGUCUGGUGUGUCUGGUCUCUUACUGUGAUCAACACCUUCAGCCUCAUUAUAACUCCUCUGCGUUUGAGAAACACAAGCUGGUGGAGCCCUCCAAGAAUCUCAAGGAGAACAUCUGCUCUCACCAUGAUGAGGUGAUGAAGAUUUUCUGUCGUACUGAUCAGCAGCUUAUCUGUUAUCUCUGCUCUGUGGAUGAACACAAAGGCCACGACACAGUCUCAGCUGCAGCAGAAAGGACUGAGAGGCAGAAAGAGCUUGAGGGGAGUCGACAAAACAUCCAGCAGAGAAUCCAGGACAGAGAGAAAGAUGUGAUGCUGCUUCAACAGGAGGUGGAGGCCAUAAAUCGCUCCGCUGAUAAAGUAGAGAAGGACAGUAGGCACAUCUUCUACGUUCUUAUCUGUCGCCUGGAGUACAAAAGCCUUGCUCUGGAUCAGCAUGUCCGAUUCCAGCAGGAAACUGAAGUGAGGCGAGUCAAAGAGCUUCAGGAGAAGCUGAAGCAGGAGAUCACUGAGCUGGAGAGGGAAGACGCUGAGCUGAAGAAGCUCUCACACACAGAGGAUCACAACCAGCUUCUACACAACUACCCCUCACUGUCACCACUCAGUGAAUCUACACCCAGCAUCAAUAUCCGUCCUCUGAGCUACUUUGAGGACGUGAUAAAGGCUGUGGCAGAAGCCCACGUUAAACUAAUUGACGUUCUUAAUGACACAUGGGCAAAACUUUCAAUGACUGUGCCUACAGUGGAUGUUUUACUGCCAAAUCCACAACCCAAGACCAGAGCUGAAUUGUUAAAAUAUUCACGGAAAAUCACACUGGAUCCAAACUCAGCAUGGCCAGUUGUGGUGUUAUCCGAGGGGAACAGAAAAGCAACAUUACUGCAAGAAAGCCAACCAUAUUCCAGUCAUCCAGGCAGAUAUGAUGUUAUGCCUCAGGUGCUGGGUAGAGAGGGUCUGACUGGCAAGUGUUACUGGGAGGUGGAGCAUAAAGGGGGGAGCAUGUGUUUAGCAGUCGCAUACAAGGAUGUCAUCAGAUCAGGGAGGAAAUUAAGUGCUUUUGGAUGGAAUGUCAAAUCGUGGGCGUUCUAUUCUUACGAAGGGGGUAAAUAUAUAUAUUUUCACAACCGUAGAGAUGCUGACGCCCCAGGUCCUGAGUCCUCCAGAGUAGGAGUGUACCUGGACCACAGCGCAGGUCUUCUGUCCUUCUACAGCGUCUCUGAACCCAUGACUGUCCUCUACAGAGUCCAGACCACAUUCACUCAGCCUCUCUACGCUGGAGUUCGGUUUUACGGUUAUAGAAGCACUGUGGAGUUCUCUUAAGCAGAAUUUGUUGAAGUAACUCUGCUGAAUUAGUUGUUGUGUUUGAGUUUGAGUUUCUUUAGGUGACACUUCUACCCUGUUUAGUCAUGAAGGACUGAACUGACAUUUUCAUGCAUGAAAAUGUUAACCUCUCUGUGCUCUAAAUGUUUAAUUCAUAUUUGUAUCGAUGCAUUUUAAGGCUGUAGGUUCCCGUUAUUGUAGAUUUUUUUUUUUUUUGUUCUCACCGCUUUUCUAAAUUUGUAAAGAAAUCUACAAUGACAUUUACAUUAAUUUUGUUUGGUAGACCUGUGAGCAAUUGUUAAACUGUAAUUAUCUUGAUCAUGAACAAAAAGGGGAUAAUUAAUUCUUCUUUUACUUGGCUGAGAUUCUGGUCAACAUAUUGGUUGUUUGGGACGUGUGAACAAACGGUGGCUGUCGCACAAAACCAGAAUAAGGGAUUAAGCCUAAAUUCAUGUUAUCCUGGAUGAAUUUAGCUAUGACUUUUGUUGCACAAAAGCAGGUUGAAUUAAACCCCAGCCAAGUAACCAUGGUGUUAAAUCAGC